UAGUAAGCUCACAGAUGGCAUUCUGUGGAUCCUGUGCCUAACACACAGGCUGUGCGUACCUCUGUGGUUUGAAAGAAAUAAGAAAAGCCACAACCUGCUCAGCAUGCAGUUUACAGAAUGAUUUCAAACACUAAAACAUGGCUUUCCCCAAACCUUCCAGAUUAAAGUUGAUUGGCAUAAUCUGCAUCUUUCUCACUCUUUUCAGGACAGCAAGUGCAUUUCCUUUGGAGGCCUUUGCCAGCUGUCUGUCUGGUCCAUGUCAAAAUGACGCCGUGUGUGAAGACACUUUCAGAGAUCAUAUUUGCUACUGUCCAUCUGCUUUGAUCACCCCUUUGAACAAAAAUUGUGAUGAAGCCAACCCAUUGUGUCAUCUGAGCACCUGCAAAAAUAAUACUACAUGCAUGAAAGCCACAGAGGAUUCCAUUGAUCUUAUUUGUCAGUGCACUCCAAAUGAUACCAGAGAAGUAUGUGAAAGGUCUGUCCAGAAAUGUGCAGACAGUCUCUGUGAGAGUGGAACACACUGCCAGCAAAGGCCUGUCACUGAUGAAUUUGCUGGUUAUAGAUGCAUUUGCAAAGAUGGCUACAUCGGUACACAUUGUGAGACAGAGGUAGACGAAUGUGCCUCCAGUCCCUGUCAGAACAGAGCUGUGUGCAGGGAUAGAGUCAAUGGAUAUUCUUGUUACUGUGUGCCGGGCUUUCAAGGAAAACACUGUGAAAUUGAGGUGAAUGAAUGUGCCUCUCAGCCCUGCCAAAAUGGAGCAACCUGCUUAAAUAAGAUUGGGAAGUAUGUUUGCAUUUGUAUGCCAGGAUACACAGGUACCAGCUGUGAGCUGGAAAUCAACGAAUGUCAAUCAGAGCCGUGUUUUAAUAGGGCACGUUGCCAUGACUACCAGGAUGGUUAUUCCUGCACAUGUACCCCAGGUUUCCAGGGAGAUCUGUGCGAAAUCAACAUUGAUGACUGCAGAAGUCAGCCAUGUCAAAAUGGUGCACAAUGUGUAGAUGAAGUAAAUGGUUACAGCUGUGAAUGUUCCAAAACUGGUUUCAUGGGCUUGCACUGUGAAAUCCCAGUUCCACUCUGCAUGUCAAAACCUUGUCUCAACAAUGCCUCAUGUGAGGAAGACCAUGGGAACUACAAGUGUUUUUGCUGGCCAGGAUUCUCAGGUACCAACUGUGAGCUGGACUUAAAGGAAUGUGACAGUGACCCCUGCCUCUCUGGGGGUGAGUGUAUCGAGUUCUCCUGGAAGGAACUGUAUGGCACCAUCCCAGAACUUCCUGUACUGUUUGACUACCAGCAUGCUGCUGGAUUUGUCUGCCGAUGCCAACAAGGUUUUAAAGGUGUCUUGUGUCAAGAGGACAUCAACGAAUGUAUUAUGAAUCCAUGUCAAAAUGGAGCUAAAUGUGAAAAUACAGUUGGGAGUUAUGUUUGCCAUUGUUUACAACAAAGCUUGGAAGGACCUUUGUAUGGUGGGCAGAACUGUACAGACAUUCUUAUGGGCUGUGAAAACCAUGACUGUCAAAAUGAAGCCACCUGCAUUCCCUUCCUCAAGAAUGAACAACAUGAAUACAGCUGUGUUUGUCCAAAUGGCUAUGCAGGCUCAAAGUGUGAGAUACCCACAACUUUCUCUUUUGAGGAAAAUGGAUACUUUUAUAUUGGAACAAAUCUCCAAAAAGACUCCAUAAACAUUACUCUAAGCUUUAAAACCGUCCUGCCAAACACUCUCCUAUUUUACCAGGGAAAUGAGGACACAGUCAUCCAACUAGAGCUGGUUAAUGGCCUUUUGCAUUUCAUAAUACAUAAGGCAAAUGAACUGAGCUCUUCUUUGGAGCUCCCUCACAAUGUGACAGAUGGUGAAUGGCACACUGUGGAGGCUACUCUGGGAGGAAGAAUGUUUGGAAUUGUGCUCUCAGACAGAUCCUGUAUUCGUGACUGUGAGCAAAAAGUGACCCUGGAAAUCCUCCAUUACCAGCAUGAAUCUGCAUUUUGGAACAGGUCUAUUGGAGGUCUCAAAGAGGAAGGAAAAAAGCCAGGGACCAUUGAUGCCAUUCAUUCCCAGCCUUACUUCAUUGGCUGUCUGCAAGAUGUGUAUGUAGAUUCCCAGCUGGUUGUCCCUAGUAGCAUAUCUAAUGCAACAGCUGUGAAUGUCAUUCCUGGAUGCAGCAGCAAGGACAGAUGUGUGGCAAAUCCUUGUCAGAACAGAGGACGUUGCAUCAACCUUUGGCAGAACUACCACUGUGAAUGCUACAGACCUUACGAAGGACAAAACUGUUCAAAUGAGUAUGUCACAGCCAGAUUUGGCAGCGAUAACUCGGAGGGUUAUGCUCUUUUCACAAUAGAUGACAGUCCUGGGCAGAACAUCACCAUUUCAAUGUUUGUUCGUACCCGAAGAUAUACUGGAUUACUACUUGUUCUUACAAACAGCACCAGCCACUACCUCAGGAUCUGGUUGGAAAAUGGAAAAGUAAAUGUCCGGGUAAAUGACUUUGAGACUCUCUCUGGAGACCGUUUCAUAAGUGAUGGGCACUUGCAUUUACUGAGCAUUAAAAUCGAACAAAACCAAAUGGCACUUUAUCAGUCUGUACAGAAGCUGAAUUACACCUCCAUCCAUACAGUGAAUGUCCAGCUUGGAGAUCUUGUAUAUGUUGGUGGCUUGGCUGAUAAAAGGAUACCUGCAUCCUUUGGAGGUUAUUUCAAAGGAUGUAUCCAGGACUUGAGGAUCAACACCAAGCGACUCGAGUUCUACCCCAUUGGAAUUCCUCUAAGUUCCUACAGAAUAACAAGCCUUGUGAACGUGACCCGUGGCUGUUCAGGUGACAACGUUUGCGAUACAAACCCAUGCCAGAAUGGUGGAGUGUGCUAUGCCAUGUGGGAUGAUUUCACAUGCACCUGUCCUCCUAGUACAGCAGGAAGGACAUGUGAAGAGGUCCAGUGGUGUGAGCUCAGUCCCUGUCCUGCAGAAGCUGUCUGUCAGUCUCGUCUCAAAGGGUUUGAAUGUAUUUGCAAUGUGACAUUUCGUGAAGACAGCAGCGCACUGUCCUACAAAGGUAAUGGUAAAAUUUUCCGCAAUCUCACCAACAUAACCUUCAGUCUACGAACAAGGAAACAUGAAGCUGUCAUUCUCCACGCAGAAAAAGGUCCAGAGUUCGUUACAAUCUCUAUCCAAGAUUCACACUUGCUGUUUGAGUUAGUCAGUGGAAAUAGUUUUCUUACGUUAAGCAUGAAGAGCAAGAUGCCAAUCAAUGAUGGGCAAUGGCAUAAAGUGAUGUUUUCUAUGCUAACACCCAAAUCAGAAUCCUCAGAAUGGGUCAUGGUGUUGGAUAAUACAGAAGAACCAUCUUCCACAAACGUUGCUGCUGGAAACUUGAAUUUUCUCAAGGAGGAAACAAACAUUUUCGUGGGUAGUUUAGGUCCUGACAUGGGAGGCAAUCUAGCUGGGUGCCUCAGUACCAUUGAAAUUAGUAGCAUUUCAUUAUCAUACUUUGGAAACACAGAGACUCAUCUUCCCCGAUAUCAGCAGGAACAGUUCAUUAAAACGUCUGCUAAACCAGCUAUACUUGGCUGUUCUGGAGCUAACGUCUGUGCACCCAGCCCUUGCUUGAAUGGAGGCAGCUGUAAGGAUCUUUUCAACGACUAUAAUUGCACAUGCCCCCCUGGCUGGACUGGACUGAAGUGUGAAAUUAACAUUGAUAACUGUGCAUCCAACCCCUGUAUUCAUGGCAAUUGCACUGAUAGAACGUUGGCUUAUGAAUGCAAAUGUGACCCAGGCUACACUGGGAGAAACUGUGAACUGGAGAUAGAUGAAUGCAAAAACCACCAGUGUGGUAAUGGAGCCACCUGCCUUGACGGAAUCAACAGAUAUUUCUGUUUAUGUCCUCAAAAUGCAACUGGAUCCCAGUGUGAUGUGAAAAUUGAAAAGGUUUCAUGGUACCUGCCCGAGACUCGUAUGUAUCCUUUGCCGGAAGCAACUUCUGUUCCAGUGGUAAGAAUAUAUCCAAUGCUACCAGUCUCAAUCUGCAGAAACAGUCGAAGGAACUAUACCUGUUUCAAUGGAGGAAACUGCACAGAUGCAGGAGAAAGCAGCAGAUGUAAUUGCCAGUCAGGUUUCGCUGGUGACUGGUGUGAAAUAGACGUUGAUGAGUGCAAGUCUAACCCCUGCCUAAAUGGAGGCUUCUGUCGGAACAUGCUUAACAGCUACCAGUGUAUCUGUAAUGUGAGCUAUGCUGGAGAGCGCUGCGAGGUUGAUUUGAAUACAGACAGCAUGACUUCUGAACUCCUGCUCUCCAUAUGUUUGGUCUCAGUGGCCCUACUGCUGGCCCUCUUCCUGGCCACCACAGCGUUCAUUGUUGCCAUGAACAGGAGAGCCACCCAUGGUACUUACAGCCCCAGCAGGCAAGAGAAGGAGGGAUCACGCUUGGAGAUGUGGAAUAUGGUCCAGCCUCCACCCAUGGAAAGACUUAUUUAACUCCUCCUUAAAAACUGUUCUUUGUUUCCCGCCAGGAUGCGGGUUAAUUGCACUUGUCAUCAUCAGUUAUACAUUGUGGAAUUUUCCAUUCAACCCAUCAAUAGCCUCUCAGAACAGAUUUUACUUGUUUUACCUAUUUAAAAAGUGAAACAAAAGAGCUUGGCUUGAACACCUUUAAAAAGGAACUUACCUGCAAAGAUGUUAAAAAAAAACUGAUCAAAGACUGACCCUAAGUAUGAGAAGAAGUACAAAAAAAGAAAUAGUAUGAAUAUACAAUGGAUGUAGUAUAAUACGUUACUGAGUUUUUUUUUCAUACAAUUCAUACAAAAAAGACAAUCGACCAAAGCUGUUAACUAAAAAGGGUGUCCAAAGUAGCUCAACAAAGAAAGGAGCAGGUGAUCCAGCCAUUGCUAGAGUGAGCUUGGAUCAACCAACCAAGACACUGCCAGAGGUCUCUCAACCUUUCAGGUGCCUAGGAGCGUGUGGUGAUAUCAUACCGCUCCAUCGAUCAGCUCUAACUCACUUUCGGGCUCUGUGGAGCCUGCAAUAUGUCAAAAGACAAAUGGGCAUUGCAGGUGGGCAUGUUAAAGAAGCACGCCUGUAUUUCUUAUUCUCUCCCAAGACGGUAUAGGGGCACUACCAAAGAGCCAAGUCCUAAAACACAGACAACUCCAAAUUGGGUGUAGAAUAAAAAAAGGCCAAUUUCAAAUUAAAAAGAUGUAUGUAUCCUGAAUUGUCAAUUUUAUCCCUUGCACACUCUAGCAAUUUCCAUCUUACGUCCACAGAAAAAAGAAAUACUUUGGGUCCCUGUCUUAAUGUAUGACAUUAGUUACUGUAUGUCUGUUUUAUUUAAUUUUCUACUUUCCUAGCAAAGAUAAAGUGGAGUAAUUGUCAGUGUAAUAUUACUUUCAAUGUUAACUGCCCUUUAAUUUAUUGUCUCGUGUUUGCCUAAUGUGAACAGUUUGUUGUGUUAUUUAUGCUGAAAAAAGGAGGCUGUAUGCUUUUUUUACAAAAAAUAAAUACUUAAAGACC